UUAAUGUCAUGGUAGGCGACAUUGAGUAUCUGAUUACUCGGAAUGGUAUAAGACAAGCUCCUCCGGACAGUGAAAGCCUUGAUUGGACAAGCGAACCAGUACCCCAGAUUUUGAAAAGGGACUGUGAGAAUGAUCGACCGACGGUUUUGGAUUGACCGACUUGGGUAGUAGGAAGGAGGAUGUGGAUAUGCGGACCCUACCAAGUCAAUCUCACCGAGCAAUCACAAGGCUCGUCCGUGGUCUGUGAGGUACAGUUUCAGGCGAACAGUUCGCCCCCAAAAGGACAUUGGGGCGCCUUAUCAAACGAGGCUUGGUACGACCCUUUUUCGCAACCUACUGUCGAAGACACAUACAGACAUGCAUACACAGAGCAGUAAAGAAGAUCAGAUUUGAAGGUCUCGAUCUGCCUAAUAUGAAGCUGUCUUAAGCGGAAUACAACCGGUAAGGGUUCUGCGUCAGAGCAAGGCUUUGUUCCCCAUAAUAUGACAUCCUCAACGAGGUCCCAAGAGCUCCAAGCCUGUUGUGCUUUGACACUGCCUUGUCGGGCGGCACGAUCGACAGGAUGUUUUCAGCUUUCUAUUCAAACAUGCAGAUGACAACCAAUCGUCCUGCAUUCUGGGAUGGCGAGCAUCAGGGUGCUUACGAGGCCUAAGGUCCUGUGAAUGUGCAGUAGCAUCAAAUCAUGACCAAAAGAACCUCAGCUGGUGGAAGCGGUGAGUGUAGAUGUCAUUGAGGACUGUCUGGAGGCAUAUAUACGGUGAGAGUUGGCCGAUUGACCUUUCGCUUCUGCCGUUUCCCUCUUCAUUUCUGUUGUCAGUCGAAGACAGUGCCAUGUAUUUCUCCGGCUUCAUUACCGCCGCUCUAGCAGGUGUUGCCUGUGCAACUCCCAUCGAAAAAAUCAAGAGACAGACCAUCCAAGAGACAUACGACUUCAUCAUCGCUGGAGGUGGCACCGCUGGACUCGUCAUUGCAAACCGUUUGACUGAAUGUCCCAACACCAGGGUGCUUGUUCUAGAAGCAGGUCCCGAACCGGGAGUUGUUGCGAAUUACAUGUACCCCGGUGGUAAUCAAUACCUUGCUGGUACUGCAAUUGACUACAACUACUAUACCUUGCCGCAGAAGAACCUCAACAAUCGGAUCCUCCCCUAUCACCGAGGACGUGGUCUUGGAGGGAGUUCGGCCAUAAACGGCUUGUAUUAUGGAAGAGGCAGCGCCAGCGUUUACGAUCACUGGGUUGAGAUAGGCAACCAAGGCUGGGGUUGGGAUGAUUUGUACCCUCUGAGCAUCAAGCAAACUCAUUUUAACCCACCCAACCUCAACGACAGCUUCGAUCAUAGCUUCCAGACCUGGGAUCCUACCGCAUACUCCAAUGGCGAGCUACAAAUUGCCUUCCAGGGCUUCGUGCCGGAUUCCAAUGUCGGCUUCAUCCGCGCUGGUGAAGCCAUAGGAAUUCCCAUCGUUAACGAGCUCAACAACGGCAACAACACAGGUGUCAAGCAAGGCACUGGAUGUUUUGACAGCCGGCUGCGACGCAGCUCGAGCUAUGACGCUUUCUACAAGCCAAUCCAGAACCGCACGAACCUAGAUGUCCUCCACUAUGCCUCUGUGACCUCGAUCCAAUUCACCAAGGGCAGCAAUGGGACAUCACGGGCCACGGGCGUCUCCUUUACAGAUCAGCAAACUGGGCAAUUUAUCACGGUCAAUGCCACCAAGGAAGUCGUUGUGGCCAUGGGUGCCUUCAACAGCCCCCAAUUGCUGAUGAUCUCGGGAAUCGGACCUCAUGCGCAGUUGAGUCAGAAUGGCAUCACUCCGGUGCACAUCAACGAGAACGUAGGACAGAACUUAAACGAUCACUGCGUCUUCAGCAUCAUGGCAUUGGUCCAACAAACAGCCUCAACCAGUUCUAUGGCCAUCAGCGAUUCCACCCUUGAAGCGGCGGAACAACAAUUCCUCAAUUCCCUGACUGGGCCAUAUACCGCUCCUUCUGGUAUCACCAACGGUUUCCAGCAACUAUCCAACGCCACCCUGCGAGCCAUAGGAGCGCAAGCGGUGCUCGAUGCAGGCCUUGUCAACCAAUCACAUGUCGAGUUCUUGUAUGAAUCUCUCUUUUACCCCAGCGGGCUGGCUUUCCUACCGUCGACCGGUGGUACGUCCUCGACGGGGGGCGCCUCCUCGUCGGCAUACUAUGUUCCUCAGUCAAACUUGUCGUACAUAUCCCUUACCGCGUCGCCGCUUGUGGCACUGAGUCGGGGCAGCGUGACGCUGAAGUCGGCGUCGAUAUUUGAUGCACCAAACAUCGACCCCAACUAUUAUGCGAAUGAUACCGAUCGUGCCGUGGCCAUCAACGCAUUCAAGGAUCUGAGGAAAUUGCUUGCCCAUCCAGCAAUUGCACAGUUCACAAUGGGGCCCAACAACGGUGAGGUUCAGCCUGGUCUUGCGAAUAUUCCCGCCAACGCCUCGGACGACGCCAUCUUCGACUACAUCAAGGCCAAUACCAUUCCGAACUGGCAUGCAAGUGGGACUUGCCAGAUGCUCCCCGAGGCAGAUGGUGGUGUGGUAGAUUCACGUUUGCGAGUCUAUGGGGUGCAAAACCUCCGGGUGUGCGAUGUCAGUAUCAUCCCGCGCCUGCCAGAUGUCAACCUCCAAGGCCCGGUCUUCAUGAUUGGGGAGAAGAGUGCUCAGGUCAUCAAGGAAGACUACAAUUUGCAGUGUUAGGGGUCGUUGUCGAGGUGACUGAAAUGCGUGUACAUUGAGACAGGCUGCGCGUACUAGCAUGGAGGCACCGAGGAUUAAGUAAUUGUCUCGGUCCCUUUUGGAGGGCUAAUGGCUGCACAAGCUCCCUUUGGCAGAGAAUGGCUUGUCUUCGGGUCAGGUCAUCUAUCACGACUGAUAUUGCAUCGUGCAGGAAGGGCCAAUAGGCUAAUAACACGGUGGGCGACCAGAAUUGGAGAAAAAGUCCAAUGGCG